AUGAGACACAUUGACCACAACUUUUUGAGCAAUCAGCCUCCUCCGCCUCCCGAGCCUGCAGCCCCGAUCCUCGCCUCACAUCUCCUUGAGCUCGAGGAGAAGCAGCAUCAGCGAUUCGAGCGAAAUGGAGGGUCGGGAAGACUGAGCACUGGGUGCAGAGACAUCGAUGAGCUGCUCGGGGGAGGUAUCGAAAGAGGUGUUGUGCUGGGGUUGAGCUCAAGUGUGGAGGGGUUCGAGGGCAGAUUGGUGAGUGGGAGUCUCGUUAUUGCUACGCAGCGUGGUAUUUUGUCACUACAUAUUCUCGCUUCGGCUCUCAUCCCUCGACUCGCAUCAUCGAAACCUGGGACAAAGGCAACUAUCAUCGACACGACUGGUUCCUUCCCUGUAGCCCUCUUUUAUUCGAUCCUCCGGUCCCGGAUCCUCGCCAACCGUUCCCAGUCGGCCCAGAACACAGGAAAGCCUGGGAAUCAUCCGGUCCAGAGGCCUACUAAGGAUGGCGGCGGUACAGAUCUCGAUGCAGACUUGCAGAGAUGUCUUGAGAUGGUCGCCAUCAGCCGGGUGUUUGAUAUUGAGGGGCUUUGGGAGGUGCUUGGUGAAAUUCAGCAAGACAUUUCCUCGGAAGUAAGCCCGAAAGGUGGUCUUGUACCAGGGCGUGGUUCCAGUGGACAUGAAGGAGAUCUAGACCUUUCACCCGAGAUUUUCGACAGCCAAGAAGAAGACCUGAUGUCGGAAGAUGGACUUCCCAUCCCAUCCCCAGCGCCGAAAGCAGCCGGGCCAGGAGAUGUACAGUGUGACGAAGUCGUAGACGGGAUAGAAUUCAUCAUCAUAGACAACAUGACGCACAUUAUGAACGAACUAUUCGCCCGCAAGGAGAGGAGCGAUGCCCACAGCCUCCUCACCCCCCUCUCAUCCACACUCCACACCCUCACCAAAACCCGAAAUCUCCUCACCAUCCUGCACAACACCACCACCACCACCGCCGCCCCCACCAAAGUCUCCUACCAGCCGCAACCCAAUCGACAGCAACUGCACACCACGACGCAGAAAUCCAUCUUCGCAUCCCCCACCACCAAGCCAGCCUUCGGGCAGGUCUUCUCCCAGUUUCCCGACCUACACAUCUUCCUGCACGACCUGCCGAGGGGCCGAGUCGAUGCCGAGAUCCUCUACGGGCAGGACGAGGAGAGCUCGCUGGGUGAGACCGACGCCGUGACCUGUUGCACCGUCGUGGAGGUUCUGAAAGACGAAUGUCCGCUUCACGGCUCUGACAGGGAUAUCAUGACGACGGGGCAGAGGUUUGGAUGGCGCGAGCAGAGGUGGACGGCAGUCGAGAUCAACGAGGCCGGGACGGACCUGGUUGCGACUUUCCUCGAUGGGGGCGGGGGCGGGAGGAGGUGA